AUGCUCAUCACAGAUGUCUACUCGGCGGUGGAAAGAGGCAUCAUGUUGGGUAGCUUGAUGGAGGAUGGUUUAUCGUAUAAGGAGAAGUUCAUAGUCAGAUCCCACGAAGUGCAGUGUAACAAAACCGCUACGGUUCAAACCAUUGCCAAUCUUUUGCAGGUUGUGGCUAAAUGCGAAGCAACGUGGAAGCUUUUGGAAGACUUGGCUGCUUCCAAAUCCAUAGGCAGCGCGGCAGUGCUCGUCCCAAGGUUUUCAUCGUCGGUUACUCUUACCUUAGGCAUGACGUUUGUUCAAAGAUUCCGAGAAUGUCUGCAAGACGAUGUGGUGGAUUCACUCAUCACCUCAAAGAGUGACUCUGCAGCAUCAGGCACACAAAGCCACAACGAUAGCCAGUUCUUACAUCUCCUAAGGUUGUCUGGAGAUGGUCAGGAAAUCAACUGUGGGACAACCUUGAGGAGAAAGAAGCCCUCCAGAUAG